AUGGUCAGCUCCUGUUGUGGCUCUGUCUGCUCUGAGGAGGGCUGUGGCCAAGGCUGCUGCCAGCCCAGCUGCUGCCAGACCACCUGCUGUAGGACCACCUGCUGCCGCCCCAGCUGCUGUGUGUCCAGCUGCUGCAGGCCCAGCUGCUGUGUGUCCAGUUGCUGCAGACCCAGCUGCUGUGUGUCCAGCUGCUGCAGGCCCCAGUGCUGCCAGUCUGUGUGCUGCCAGCCCACCUGCUGCCGCCCCAGCUGCUGCCGCCCUAGCUGCUGCAUCUCCAGCUGCUGUCAGCCUUGCUGUGGUGGUUCCAGUUGUUGUAGCCCCUGCUGUCGUCCCUGCUGUCGUCCCUGCUGCCGCCCCUGCUGCCGCCCCUGCUGCUGUCUGAGACCAGUCUGUGGUCAGGUCUGCUGCCAAAGCACUUGCUACCGCCCCACCUGUGUCAUCUCCACCUGUCCCCGCCCCAUGUGCUGUGCCAUCCCCUGCUGCUAA